GAAAGGGCAAUGCCAGUGAAGUUGCUGCUGCUUCCAGUGCUUUAUAAAUAUGUAAACGCAUUGGUGUUGGUGGCAGUGAUUUCUGUGUAACGGCUACUUUUGAUUGUGUUGUUGAAGCAGUAAAGACCGAGAAAUUAAGAUAAACAGAGGGGUAGAUUUGACUCAGUUUUGAAGGGAACCAGAAGAAAUGAAUUACAACAAUGAUCAGGAGCCUUGGAAUCGGCAUGGGGAGAAUCAUGGUGUUCAGAAGAACUAUAAUUUGGAUCCCUCCCUAGGUGCAUGGACUCAAGUGACCUUGAAUGAGGAAGACCUUUCCUACAUGUUUGAUGAAACAACCCCUGUUAAAGAUUGUGGGAAACUGCCGUAUUAUGUUACACAUAACGAUAAUAUAACCAAGGAACUGGAAGAGAAGAGGGAGACUUCUUCACAAGUUAAAAGGCGAAGAAUGCUUCAGUUUGACACUCAUGUAGUAGAUUCUUCCCUCAUCUGCAAUGAGAUGCCAUCUGCACUCCUAAAACCAAGGGAGAGGGAUGAUUCGAUUGAAGAGGUUUUACCUGGUUCAGCUCAGUGGACUGCUGGAUUUUCAGAGGAUGCAUCAUCUUCCAGUUACGAGGGUCUAGAUGAGUCGUGUGAAGAGUGGCUUGCUGAAUAUUUUAACAAUGCAGAGAUGCUUCUCAGCUCUGAUGAGUUGAAUCUUACAGGCACAUCUGAUGUUCAAAUUGGUAUUUCAGAGUUGUGCAAUUCCCGACCUGAGUCUGCAGUUGAUGCUGUUCAAAAGCAGGCAAUUCAAACUCCUCAAAAUAUUGUCUUCAAAGGUAGGAAGUCUAUCAUACACGCAGCCCCUAAGCUAGCAUCUUCUGUUGCCUACCCGUUUGCUUUCAUUAAACCCUGUGGUUUCCAUGGAGAUGUUACCCUGAAGGAUAUAAACCAGCGAAUCCUAACCCCACCACCAUCAAAAUCAAAACAAAGCAAUGAAGAUCUUGCUGCUGCUUUCCCCACUUCUGCUUUUUCUGGGAAGCCUGUUGUUGGCAAAACUAAAAUUCGUACUGAAGGAGGAAAAGGCAGCAUCACUAUUAUGAGAACCAAAGGCUGACUAGAUAAGCGUUGUUCUGAACUUCCUUUCUUUGGCCCUUUGAUCUCCCUGUUAGUUAAAUGUGGUGGUUGAGCUCGGGUCUGACUGGUAUAUAAUCCGGUACUGCAUUCUUUUGUCGGAUGUGUUGGAAUUCAUAAUACACAUCAAAGUGUUUAUGUUUUCAGUAGUGUUGUAUGUGUCAAAUAGUUGUUUCAUAUACAUGUGACCGUAACCUAUAUAUGGAAGUCAUGAUGUUUGAGAACCCACCUAUUUUAGAUGGGUUUCGGAAAAGAAGUAAUGAAAGCUUUUGGUAAGCAGCGGUUGUGUA